AUGGGGAAGGGAAAGGGGACGCUGCCUGCAAUCGAAUUGAUGAAUCGUAUCAACAAGCAGAAAGAGAAGGGGAAGGAGAAAGAGAUGACGCGAAGGAGAAGAUGGGGGAGUGCAUCUGGAGGAGGGGCACCUGGAUCUGCUCUCGGCGUUGGAGGAGGACACGCUGGAGCGGAGGCGUCGGCGACGACAGCGGCGGGCUGGCGGCGGCCGUCUUCUCCUUCCCCAACCAAGAGCAGUCACGGACUUGGGCGAGCACGGGAGAUGGAGAGGACGGGGAAGUCCCAACCCGCCCCAACCCCGCCACCACGCCGCAUGCCCCAUCCGCGCCCUUUGCCUGCGCUUGGCUGCUCAUGCUGCUUGCCGUGGCCGUUGCGCUCGGCUACUGCUGCUGCUUGCCAUGGCCACGCGUGCACCGAGGAGGAGCUCCGCCCACGGCUCGACUGCACCUGGGACCCCACCUCCGACCGUGCCAAGAAGCUCCGCCAAGAAGCACGGCAUAGCGCCUCCCCUACUCGAGUCACGAAGUGGAAGCGCGGAGUGGGGGCGCGGAGAAGGAGCGGGCGGGGUGGCGGCGGCGGCGGUCGUGUGUGCUGCGGUGGCGCUGACAUCUUGGGCGCAGGUGGCCAGGCGGCGCGGGGGGAGGGGGAGGGGGCGCAGAGGAGAGGCGGCGCGGGGGAGAGGAGGGAAGGGAGCGCGGGGAGAGGCUUGCGGCCGGCGGCUGAAAGAGAUAAGGGAGACGCGCCGCGAAGUGACCGACGACUGCUGCGGGGCCUGCUUGGAAGCCGGCGGCCAAGAGACCAACUGCUGCGGGUGCGGGGCCUGCUCCUGCUGCUGCUCCACCAAGUGCUGCUGCCGCUUCACCACGGCGCCCUUCGCCGUCGCCGUCGCCACAGUCAUCACCGUGCUCGUCGUAGCCUACGCCGGCGUCUUAUUCCCCGCCCGCGUCACCGACGACCCCAACGGCACGGCGCUCGCAUACGACGUCUCGCUCACCAUCGCCGUGCGCAACCGCAACUUCGCGAAGGCAUCUGGAAAACCGCGCCGCUGGACGCCGAGCUCCGGUUCCACGGCCAGACGUUCGCGCGCGUCCGUACCCAGUUGGAGAGCGCGGAGUGGGGGCUUUUCAAGGCGCGGGGGAAAUGUCUGUACCGCGUGCCGGCGGCCUCGGCGGACAGGGGUGCCGCGCCUGUGGCGCUCGGUGGUGACGGAGUGGCUGAGUUCGUGAGGGAGAGCCUCGCCGGGGUGUUUGAGCUCGAGCUCGCUGUCGUCGGCAGGGAGGUCAAGGACGAGGAACAACAACACGGCAGGGACAGCAGCGUCAGGGCCACCUGCCCUUUGAAGCUUUCGCUCCCGACGGCGACCGCUCCUGUCGAGUUCACAAGGGUCAAGUGCACGUUGUAG